UAGCUUUUCCACAAAUUUUCUUCAGCAACAUGGGUUCUCUACCUCAAAACGACCAAAAAGUCGCCAUCGUUACCGGUGCUACGAGCGGUAUCGGGCACUGGCUUGCCGUGCAUCUACACGGACGCGGAUAUCGCGUAGCUAUAGUUGGCCGCCGUGAAAAACUUGGUCAACCCAUUGCUGAGUCCUUGGACCCUUCCGGCAACUCAGCAAUCUUCGUCCCCUGUGACGUAAGCUCUUAUGAGUCCCAGUCAAAGCUGUUCCAAGCCGUUUGGAAGAAAUGGUCCCGCCUUGAUGUCCUGAUCGCCAAUGCAGGAGGCGUGGAUAAUGAUUCCAAGUACAAUUUUGCACGUCGUGAUGCUGCCAUUGAUGACCUGCCGCCUGUGCCCAACACUGCCUGUACCGACAUUGACUUCAAAGGUGUCAUCUAUGGCACUACACUGGCGACGCACUUUAUGCGCCACAACCCUGAUGGCAAGGGUGGAAAGAUCAUUGUCACUGGUAGCAUGAUUGGCAUCUACCCAUGUGCUACUUUCCCAGAGUACUGCUCAGCAAAGGCUGCCGUUCACCAAUGGGUCAAGACCGUUGGGCCAGUGUCCAAGAUCAAGGACAACAUCACGAUUAACACUGUCAUGCCUGGAGGCAUCGAGACACCUGCCAUGCCCGACUUCUCCGUUGCAUUUCUACCACAUCAGAUGACCUUGAAGUCGAAUCUCAUCAAAGGUUACGAUCUCUUCCUCGAUGACAAGGAGAACAUUAAGACCGGACAGACCAUCGAGGCAGCACACGACGAAUUGAUCGAAUGGGGACACCCGGGAUACAAGAGUGGAGCAUUCGCCAAACGCACAGAGAAGGUUUACGACCCUUGGUUUGCGUUGGUACAUGGUGAGAAGAGUGAGCUCCCAGGAGCUCUGCUUGGUCCACCAGUGAAGGGAGAUAAGAUCAUUGCUGUCACUGGUGCGACCGGUACGCAGGGUGGAGGUGUUGUUAAUGUCAUGAAGAAGGUUCCAGGUUGGAAGGUUAGGGCUGUGACAAGGAAUCCAGAGAGCGAGAACGCGAAGAAACUUGCCGCCGAGGGAAUUGAGGUUGUCCAGGGAGACUUCGAUGACCAGGAGUCCUUGAACAAGGCCUUCAAGGAUGUCAGUGCUGUCUUCGCCGUCACCAACUGGUGGGAGUGGCUGUUCCGUGGAAAGACCCAGCAUGAGGCUGGUGUUAUCGAAGAGACACAUGGAAUGAACAUCGCCAGGGCUGCUGCCGGUGUAGAUACUCUCGAGCACUUCAUCUGGUCGACUACACCAAGUGCGAAACGCAAAUUCCCUGGAAACCAACUCGAAACUCCCCACAUGGACUACAAGGCGAAUGUUGAUGCGCGCAUCAAGAAGGAGUUGCCCGAUUUGGCCGCCAUCACCACCUAUUUGCAGUUCGGUUACUACCCCCAGAACAUGGCUUUCUUCCCCUUCCUCAAGCCCAUCGAAUACCCCGGUAGCGGUCAGUGGGUCCAAACCAUGGCCACUAAACCCGACGCCGUCGUCCUUUUGUCCGGUGACAUGACUGUCAAUCCAGGUAUCUGGGUGCGACAAGUCAUUGCCUCUGGCAAGAAGGCGUACGGAAAGUACUCGAACGUCGCUCUGGAGAAGUGGACUUUCCAGAAGAUGGUGGAUGUCUGGUCAGAGAUCACGGGCAAGAAGGGAGUCUUCGUCGAGACCACACUGGACACUUGGACAAAGAUGUGGGGCCCCGCCGGAAACGAGUUGGCUCUUCAGUUCAAGUUUGGCGAGAUGUGCGAUCCUUGGGAGGAGAACGAGGACCACAUCAGCCCUGAAGAACUCGGUAUUGAUAGGAAUGAGGUUGUAGGCUUCAGGGGUGUGAUUGAGGGGCUUAACAAGAUGGGAAUGUGGUAGUUAGACCUCAGCCGUGACAUGCGAUAUGUGGUUGUCGCUUUGUCUAGCAUUCAGCAUAACAAUGUAUUAUUAUGGCGACAACUG